UGCCUCGCGCUCCUUCCCUUCCCCCCUCCUCCUCCUCCUCCUCGCGCUCGCGCCGCUCUCGCGCUCCCUUUCCCCCCUCCCCGUCAGUGCGGUGGCUGCGCUGGGAAACAUGGCGUCGGAGGGAAUGAUUUUAACCAACCACGACCAUCAAAUCCGCGUCGGGGUCCUCACAGUGAGCGACAGUUGCUUCAGGAACCUUGCUGAAGAUCGCAGUGGGAUAAACCUUAAAGAUCUGGUCCAAGACCCAUCUUUGUUGGGUGGGACUAUAUCUGCAUACAAGAUCGUGCCAGACGAAAUUGAAGAAAUCAAGGAGACACUGAUAGACUGGUGUGAUGAAAAGGAACUUAACUUGAUUUUGACAACUGGAGGAACAGGGUUUGCACCACGAGACGUCACUCCAGAGGCCACUAAAGAAGUAAUAGAGCGAGAGGCCCCAGGGAUGGCCCUGGCAAUGCUGAUGGGAUCACUUAAUGUUACUCCUCUGGGCAUGCUCUCUAGACCUGUAUGUGGAAUCAGAGGAAAAACUCUCAUAAUUAACCUGCCAGGCAGCAAGAAAGGGUCACAGGAAUGUUUUCAGUUUAUACUGCCAGCCCUACCUCAUGCCAUUGACCUUUUGCGGGAUGCCAUUGUAAAAGUAAAGGAGGUACACGACGAACUUGAAGACCUACCUUCACCGCCACCUCCUCUUUCUCCUCCUCCAACCACCAGCCCACACAAACAGACAGAAGACAAAGGUGUACAGUGCGAGGAAGAGGAGGAAGAGAAGAAGGAUAGUGGAGUAGCCUCAACAGAGGACAGUUCCUCUUCACAUAUAACUGCUGCAGCUAUUGCAGCUAAGAAGCAUCCAUCCUACACCAGUUCUGCUGUUAUCAUGGCAAAAGGUGAACAGCCCAUCCCGGGUCUCAUCUGUUAUUCCCAUCACGCAGCAGGCAGUGCAGGAGAACCGAUUCCAGACUCCAUCAUUUCUCGUGGUGUUCAGGUGCUCCCACGAGACACAGCCUCCCUCAGCACUACCCCUUCAGAAUCUCCUCGUGCCCAGGCCACCUCUCGUCUCUCCACUGCGUCCUGCCCAACACCAAAAGUCCAGUCCAGGUGCAGCAGCAAGGAGAACAUCCUCAGAGCCAGUCACAGUGCCGUCGACAUUACCAAGGUGGCCAGAAGACAUCGCAUGUCUCCAUUCCCAUUGACAUCUAUGGACAAAGCCUUCAUCACAGUUCUGGAGAUGACCCCAGUACUCGGAACAGAAAUCAUCAAUUACCGAGAUGGAAUGGGCCGAGUUCUUGCUCAAGACGUUUAUGCAAAAGACAACCUACCCCCCUUCCCAGCAUCGGUAAAAGAUGGAUACGCUGUCAGAGCUGCUGAUGGCCCUGGGGAUCGAUUCAUCAUUGGGGAAUCCCAAGCUGGUGAGCAGCCAACUCAGACUGUGAUGCCUGGUCAGGUAAUGCGGGUUACAACAGGUGCUCCAAUCCCCUGUGGUGCUGAUGCUGUGGUGCAAGUAGAAGACACAGAACUCAUCAGGGAAUCAGAUGAUGGCACUGAAGAGCUAGAAGUACGAAUUCUGGUGCAGGCUCGACCAGGCCAAGAUAUCAGACCUAUAGGACAUGACAUUAAAAGAGGUGAAUGUGUGCUGGCUAAGGGAACCCACAUGGGUCCAUCGGAGAUUGGUCUCUUAGCAACUGUUGGGGUAACAGAAGUAGAAGUUAACAAAUUUCCAGUCGUUGCAGUCAUGUCAACAGGGAAUGAGUUGUUGAAUCCUGAGGAUGACCUCUUACCAGGAAAGAUCCGAGACAGUAACCGUUCAACUCUCCUAGCUACAAUUCAAGAACACGGCUACCCAACAAUCAACUUGGGAAUUGUGGGAGAUAACCCAGAUGAUUUACUGAAUGCAUUGAAUGAGGGUAUCAGCCGUGCGGACGUUAUCAUCACAUCAGGAGGCGUGUCCAUGGGUGAAAAGGACUAUCUUAAACAGGUGCUGGACAUUGACCUUCAUGCACAGAUUCACUUUGGCAGAGUUUUUAUGAAACCAGGCCUGCCAACAACAUUUGCAACUUUGGAUAUUGAUGGUGUACGAAAAAUAAUCUUUGCACUGCCAGGAAAUCCUGUAUCAGCUGUUGUCACCUGCAAUCUCUUUGUUGUCCCAGCACUGAGGAAAAUGCAAGGCAUCCUGGAUCCUCGGCCCACCAUUAUCAAAGCCAGGUUAUCAUGUGAUGUAAAAUUGGAUCCUCGCCCAGAAUACCAUCGGUGCAUACUGACUUGGCAUCACCAAGAACCACUGCCUUGGGCACAGAGUACAGGGAAUCAGAUGAGCAGUCGUCUGAUGAGUAUGCGUAGUGCCAAUGGACUGUUGAUGCUACCUCCAAAGACAGAGCAGUAUGUGGAGCUUCACAAGGGCGAGGUGGUGGACGUCAUGGUCAUCGGAAGGCUAUGAUGUCACCAGCAAGAGUGAAGCUUUGAUGCAUGUCCACAUAUCAUUGACUGUAUCCUGUAAUAUGCAACGGCACAGCUAGUUUUUCUGAAUUGGAUAAAGUUGAUCAGUAUAGUCAACAUCUUGAACUAUAUUUCAAAUGGAAUUUAAAUAAAUACCUUUUAAAAAAACUUUAAAAAAACAAAUCUUAACAAAGAAAUUUAUUCUGAUUAUAUCAAAGCAACUUUUUCCUUUCUUGCAAUUGCUUUGUGUGUUCAAUGCUAGUUCUGAUAGCAGUAGCUUUUAGUAGACAGCAGUAGGUGCCUGCAGAACUUGUGUUUUUUCUCAUCUUUAAGAUACAACUACUUAUGCUCUUAAAACAAGGCUGUCUGCUUAUUUAUACUAGCGUAGACAACACUUGGAUUUCCCUUAUUAGUAUGCUUCAUAACUGCUUCACAGAGAGCUUCUGCUUGUUCUUUAUCUUGUAUCUCGUGUUGAUGUGCACAGUGCCAAAAGCAGAGUGGCUGCACUGGGAACCCGAUCAAGCCCCGAGGUUUCCCCCCUCGCUGCGCGUUCAGGGAUAUCUCUCGGCCCAGCAGCCACCUGGCUCAGUACUCUUGGGCAGUAACUGGAUACCUUUUAUUUGAACAAACAAAAAAAAUUGCUUCCUUAAGUGCUGACAGCCUUUUUAACCAAUACAUUUAAAGAUGUACAGAACUAAAAACUAAAAAAAAAAAAAAUCAAAGACUGAUCUUGUACAGAUAUUAAUGUUACCAGCAUUCAUGUGGAAAUCAAAUGA